AUGGCAGGAUUUUUCAGUCAAGAAAACAAUGCGGUUGCUUCCUGGUUCUUCGGCCCACGAGCUGAGAACUGUGAUUUUGUCCAUGAAUUUUAUAAAGAGAUUAUCGAAAAACAAGUAGAAGCGCGAAAGGUUUAUUUUUCGACGGAUCCCUUCUUUAUCACAGCAGAUAUGCGGAAUUCGGCCGAAUUCAAAUCAAACAUGAAUUCCCUAAGAGAUCAACUUCAAAAAAUCUCGGAUUUACUUGCCGAGAAAACUGUACCGUUCUGGUCGCCACGCUACAUGGCCCACAUGAGUAUGGAAGCAACUAUGCCAAGCAACCUUGGCUACGUGGCUGCCCUGCAAUACAAUCAGAAUAACGUUGCUAUUGAGGCAUCUCCAUUAACCACAUGGCUCGAAGUGUUUACCGGAAAAAAGCUGUGUGAAAUGCUUGGUUUUACCGUUCACUGGGAUAUAAACGAGAGUAUUGAUACGAUUGAUGAACAGCAAGAAACUCCACCUGAACUACUGCCCAAAAUUCGAGGAUGGGGUCAUAUCACCUGCGAUGGUUCAGUAGCAAAUCUGGAAUCAAUUUG